UGAACUGAAUCAAAACACAGUUGAGAAACAAACCAUAAUAUCAACAAAAUCAUAUCCAAAGUAUAUCAACAAAUCAUAAUAGCAUAAUGUCGUCAUCAUCAUCAUCAUCAUUCAAAGACAAAGUCUACACCAUAACCGGCCUCUCAGGCAUCGGCCUGGCCGUGGCACGCCAACUGCACGCCCAAGGAGCUCGUCUCUCCCUAGCAGAUAUAUCCGACUCGGCGCUGCAGCACGCACGGGCGCAGCUUCCCAACGCUACCGACGAGAAUGUUCUCACCCGAGUCGUGGAUGUUGGAUCCCGCUCGUCCGUGGAAGAGUGGAUCGAUGCCACGGUCCGCCAUUUUGGUCGGCUCGAUGGCGCAGCAAAUAUGGCUGGCAUGAUUGGGAGUAAGCAUGGGACGGGCUCGUUGUUGGAGCAGGAUGAUGCGGAGUGGGAUAUGUUGUUGAGGGUGAAUCUAUCCGGGGUGAUGUAUUGCAUGCGGGCCCAGAUAAGAUCGAUUCAGGAGACGAGUAAGACGGGGAGUAUUGUCAAUGCGGCGAGUAUUCAGGGUCUGAGGGGCUUUGCGUUGCAUGCUGCGUAUUCGGCCACUAAGCAUGGGGUUGUUGGGUUGACCAGGAGUGUGGCUAAGGAGGUGGGGCCGGAUAUUAGGGUUAAUUGUGUUGCGCCUGGGUCGAUUCAGACACCGUUGUUGGAUAGGGCCACGGCCAUCCAGGGAGGAUUCACUCCCACUCCAACGGUGAUGCCGCGAGUGGGGACGCCUGAUGAAGUUGCUCAUUCUGUGCUGUUUUUGCUCAGUGAUGCCUCGUCGUAUACCACGGGCACGGCCCUGAAUGUGGAUGGUGGAUGGGACCCGUGAUCCUGCUGGAUGUCUGUGGCAUGGAUGAAUCGUGUCUGUGCAGUUAGUUGCUCCAUGAGGCAUUCGAACCAACAUGUUGGUUUCAGAUAUACCAAUCGAGCAAUGCGUUGGCCCCAUGUUGGUUCCUGCAGGAUCGGACCCUGAGAUCUGGCCCCAUUUUGGCCAAGAACAGGCAGUGCGAGACGACUUGGCGGACAUCGGUGGACGCUAGAAGAGGCGUAGAUUCAACUGUAGAGCCAAAGGAAUG